CUUACAGUGGUUUUGGUUGGAGUCUAUGUGUGUGUUUAGAGUGAAGGUGUGACCCAGGCUGGGUUCUCCUUACCAUUAGGGACUUAGUGACAUUUGAGGAUGUGGCUGUGAACUUUAGUAUGGAGGAGUGGGCCUUACUGGAUUCUUUACAGAAGAAACUCUACAAAGAUGUGAUGAGGGAAACCUUCAGGAACCUGGCCUCCAUAGGGGAAAAAUGGGAAGAUCAUGAAAUUGGAGAUCAGUACAAAAACCAGGGGAGUAAACACAGAAGUCAAAUGGUAGAGAGGCGCUGCAGAAGGAAGGAGGGUAGUCAAUGUGGAGAAAACUUAAGCCUUAUUCCAAAUCUCAAUCUGACGAAAUCUCUUCCUGGAGUAAAACCAUGGGAAUACAAUGCAUGUGGGGAAGUCUUCAUGCAUCAUUCAUCCCAUAAUAGGGACAUCAAAUGUCAAACUAGACACAAGACCUCUGAGUAUCAGAAAUAUGGAGAGAAACCAUAUAAAUGUAGUAUAUGUGGGAGAGCCUUCACUUAUAUUCAGUUUUUUGAUGAAAGAAAUCACAAUGGAGAGGAAGCUUAUAAAUGUGAGGAAUGUUGGAAAGCCUUCAGGUGGCUCAAAAGCCCUCAAAGACACAUGAUCAAACAUACUGCAGAUGCUCCUUAUAAAUGUAAGGAGAGUGGGAAAACCUUUAGUUCUUCACUUUUUCUUCAAACAUGUGAGAGAAGCCACACUGUAGAGAAGCCCUAUCAAUGUAAACUCUGUGGAAAAGCCUUCAGAUAUUAUAAAAGUUUUCAAAGACAUGAAAGGAAUCACCCUGGAGAGAAACCCUAUGAAUGUAAAAAAUGCAAUAAAGCGUUCAGCUAUCCCAGUCAUCUUCAAAUACAUGAAAGAACGCACACUGCAGAAAAGCCCUAUGAAUGUAAGCAAUGUGGAAAGACCUUCAGAUCUUACAGUUCCCUACAACCACAUGAAAUGAUUCACACAGGAGAGAAACCCUAUGUUUGUAAGGAAUGUGGAAAAACAUUCAGAUAUUACAGUUCCUUACAAACACAUGAAAGGUCUCACACUGGAGAGAAACCCUAUGAAUGUAAAAAAUGUAGCAAAGCAUUCAGUGCUCCCAGUUGUCUUCGCAAACAUGAAAGAAUUCACAGUGCAGAGAAACCUUAUGGAUGUAAAGAAUGUGGAAAGGCCUUUAGAUUUUAUAGUUCCUUACAAACCCAUGAAAGGACGCACACAGGAGAGAAACCCUAUGAAUGUAAGCAAUGUGGAAAGGCUUUGAGAUACUACAGUUCCUUGCAAAUACAUGAAAGAAUACACACAGGAGAGAAACCCUAUGCAUGUAAGGAAUGUGGAAAUGCAUUCAGAUGUAACAGUUUCUUAAAAAUACACAAAAAAUCUCACACUGGAGAGAAACCCUAUGAAUGUGAAAAGUGUAGUAAAGUGUUCAGUACUCCUAGUAAUCUUCGAAUACAUGAAAGAACUCACACUGCAGAGAAACCCUAUAAAUGUAAGGAGUGUGGAAAAGCCUUCAGAUAUUAUCGUUCCUUACAAACACAUGAAAGGACUCACACAGGAGAGAAACCCUAUGAAUGUAAACAUUGUGGGAAAUCCUUCAUUUGUCGUACCACCAUUCAAAGACACUUGAAAAUGCACACUGGUAAAACACCAUAUCAAUGUAAGGAAUGUGGGAAAGCAUUCACUUGCCUUAGUUUAUAUCAAAGACAUGAAAGAACUCACACUGGAGAGAAACCCUAUGAAUGUAAACAAUGUGGAAAAGCCUACAGAGAUCACAGUUCCUUACAAAGACAUGAAAGGACUCACACUGGAGAGAAACCCUAUGAAUGUAAGGAAUGUGGGAAAGCUUUUAUUUGUAACAAAAUUUUUCGAAUACACAUGAUGAGAGUGCACACUACAGAAAAACCAUAUAAAUGUGAAGAAUGUGGGAAAGCCUUUAGUCAUCCCUAUUCCUUUCGAAGGCAUGAAAGGACUCACUGGAUAAAACCUCUUGAAUGUAAGUAGUGUGGGAAAGACUUCAGUUGGCCUACAUCCUUACAUGUGAAAACUCCCACUGAAAAGAAAUAAAAAAGCAAAUAACAUGAGAAGGAUUGACAUAACUUAAUUUAGUUAUAAUGCUCUAGAAAACU